CCGCAUAGUGAGAUAAAUAGAGAGUACGAAGAGUAAAUAAAUAAUUCGCGUGGCUCGGUUGUUAAAACGGUCGUCAGGACGAUCGAAUGUUAUCGAAAAGAAUCAAUUAUCCCAGCCCCGAAUAGCCGCUGGUAAUAUCGGCCCGCAGCUCGGUAACAAUACCCAAUAGAGUGAUAAGAAAAAAUAGUGCAAUCGUGUGCAUGCGGUUAAUUCCCGAUACCACAAAACACGAUGCUCCGUUUACGAAGCGAUACGAAAAGGCGAGUUCGGCUGGUGUAGCUCACGAGAUCUGUACCGCAGCAUGAAGGAGAUGCUUGGAGGUUGCUGCGUAUGUUCGGACGAGAGGGGUUGGACGGAGAAUCCGUUGGUUUAUUGUGAUGGCCAGGGGUGCACGGUCGCCGUACACCAAGCUUGUUAUGGGAUUGUUACGGUACCAACUGGCCCAUGGUAUUGCAGAAAAUGUGAAUCGCAGGAACGUAGCGCACGGGUGGAGCAGCGCUGCGAGCUGUGCCCAAGCAGGGAUGGAGCUCUCAAGAGAACGGAUCAGGCGGGCUGGGCGCACGUUGUGUGUGCUCUUUACAUACCUGAGGUCAGAUUUGGCAACGUUACAACGAUGGAGCCAAUUAUCCUGCAAUUGAUACCAUCGGAGCGAUUCAGUAAGACAUGUUACAUCUGUGAAGAACAAGGCAGAGGCGGCAGGGCUAAUGUGGGAGCUUGUAUGCAAUGUAACAAAGCAGGUUGCAGACAACAAUUUCAUGUUACUUGUGCUCAGGCUCUGGGACUGCUUUGCGAAGAAGCUGGUAAUUAUUUGGACAACGUAAAAUACUGCGGUUAUUGUCAGCAUCAUUAUUCAAAACUGAAAAAAGGGGGUAACGUUAAAACAAUUCCUCCAUAUAAACCAAUCCCAGCAGACAACGGUUCUUCGGAUUCGUCGCCCGAAAAAGAGGCUGAAACACCUGUAAAAACGUCGAGCAGCGGUAAGCGCAAGAGUUCAAACUCAAAGAUGAACGCGGCGUCGUCGUCGUCGUCGUCUAGUUCAAAGAGUAAAUCAAGCGCUAGUCCUAGCUUAGAAAUAAAUGGAAAUGCCGACGAAAAAAGUGGAAGUGGUCGUAAUACGCCUAAAGAAAAUUCUUCCAACACAAGUAAAUUCACCACCUCAAAUUUCGUAGAGACCGUUGUCACUCAGUCGGAGAGUGUUUUUGGGCACGAGAACGUUACUGCAAAGUCUGGAUCUAAUUCAAAUGUGAUUCACAAAAGCAGCAGCCUGUCCAAAUCCAGUUCCUCCACGUCCGGUAAGGCCUCUAGCCAUGUGAACAAAAAGAGAAAAACCGGCGCCCGAACACCGACUGUUAUUGGAAAUGAAAAUUCAAAUCAUUCCGUUAGUUCCGAGGCAAGUGGUUCGGUUGUUGUCGCUGUUAGUUCAGUCCUUCAGCAAACUAUUAACACUAACAUUGUUCUACCAACCGUUACCGAAGCUACCAGUCUGAGUACAACCACCGAUCCUGAAAAAACAAAAAAGUCGAAAAUAGAGAGUCCGCCGGCACAAUCAUCCUUGCAUCCUCCAAUCACAACUGAGACUACAACAACAACACCAGUUAUAACAUUGAUCACUCAAGCUCAACCUUCAGUUCCUGCUCAGUCACCUACCACGACUUCCAACAGCAUUGUUGUCUCUGUGCCGUUGACGGCGACUUCUCUUCCCAGCUCCGUUCAGAGUGUUGUUACAAACGCUCCCACCCUCUACCAGCAAAUACAGCAAAGUGUAGUCACUACAGCUGCUACCAAUGAUUCCAAACGAAGUCCAAUUCCAGGUGACGACAUGCCAAACAAGAGAUCACGGUCACACUCGUCGGACAAGCCGGAUAAACUGCGGAAGCCGAAACGGGGCGGCACUUCGAGCAGUCAGCCGGUUCCGCCACCGCCACUAACAACAACGACAAUAUCAACAACCCUUCCCAAUAGUAUAGUCAGCACAACUAAACGCGGAAGUCGAAGUAAUCAUCCAACGCCACCACCACUGAUAACCGUGGCCCCAGUACCAUCCAUAAUUCAAGGGCCCAGCCAAGCAGUCGGUCACUUCAGCAGUGUCGGAACUGGUUCAGGGAUGGGACCUACUGUCAAAGAUUCACCACCUAGCAGCCCUGGUUCGGAAAGCAUGAGCAACUCUGGACCUGUUCGACGAAAGCGCAAAAGCGCUGGAGGAGCUUCUACCACACCAACACCUUCCACGUCAAGUUCCACUCCGACAGCCAUGGCGAACAGUACUAAGGAUGAAAAAGAUGUAAAAUUGUUCCAAAAUGGUAUCAGUGCACCACAUAUGCUUGGGAAUCAAUUGAAUCCCACUUCUACAAUGGCACAAAAAAUGUCUGACACUCUCACCCAAGAACUAGAGGCUCACUCGAUUUUCACCGAAGCUAAUAAUCCUACGAGCAGCUUGGUUGGACCACAGUUACACAGUCAUGUCAUUGCCUCUGUAAGAUCCAACCAAUCUGCACCCGCGACAACGUCUUUAUCAUCCGUUUUCGCAACUAACACUGGUCCAAAUACUGGCGGUUCUGGUGGCAAUGUGUUGGGUGGAGGUGCAAUUCCUCAGACAUUGGAUCAACUACUCGAAAGGCAGUGGGAACAGGGCAGUCAAUUUCUCAUGGAACAGGCCCAGCACUUUGACAUUGCCUCUCUUUUAUCGUGCUUACAUCAAUUGCGAGCGGAAAAUCUGAGGUUGGAAGAGCAUGUCAACAGUCUGCUGCAAAGAAGAGAUCACCUGCUAGCAGUGAAUGCUCGGCUAGCUAUUCCACUGACCACACAACCAAACACACAUACAGAUUCUCUUUUUCAUAUAGUGAACAACAUACAUCCUUCGGUGAAUCCGACGCAUUCGAAUAUUCCGCAUUCGGAUAUCCAGCCAGGAGGACCCGCCCCAGUUUCUCGGGUCAACCGUGAAGCCAGAGUGAAUAAUAGCUACUUACCUCAUUCAAGUUCCAGUUCGCAUUCCACUGUCAUGGAAAACGGAUUACCACCCGACCCUUCCCCACCUGCAGCUGCCUCCUUGACACAAUACCAACACAGAGGCUCACUUGUUCCUCCCCAACCAAGUCCAACGAUCAGGCAUGGUCCAGCAGGGACUGGUUACCAUCAAGCUCAACCUAGCAAUAUCGUUUCGCCUGCAAGUGCAAACAGCUCGGGUGUCGUUCGAAAUUCAUCGGUGACACCAGAUCCUCUACGAGGUGUACCUAGAUCCGUGGCGCCUUCAUCGAGCAACUAUAUGCCCACACUGUACCAGCAAACAAUGUCCAAUUUGGCUAGCAGUCAAACGGGAAGCAUACACAACAUACAUUCACACGGACCUGCGCCUACCAGCCACGGACCUCCGGGCAAACCCAGCUGAAGGUAGGUGCGAGCCCAGAACGGGCACAACAUUGCAUCUUCAACUAGAUCUCAGGCUACACCUUGCGCUAGCGAGCCGCGUUUUCAUCAUAAGCGGUAAACUGCUCGGAGUUAUACUAAUAUACAGAUCGGCAGUAUACGUAUUGAUACGGGAAAGAAGAGAAUGAGGUGAAUUUUAUGAAUGUAAGUAUAAUCAAGUCGUGAGGUUGAGGCAACACGAAAAUUUAGUUGCCUCGAGAGAAUAUCUAUCUUGUCCUUAUUAAAUCAUCUUCAAUGGAAGUUAACUGUGUCCUGUGACAGAAUUUUACUUGCAAUUAGAAGAGGGUUUACAUUCAUUGAACUUUUUAUUCGAGGGUAUUAAUUUGCAUUAAUUUUCCUUUUAUUCCAUUCAUUUUUCAUAUAUUGAUACGUAUCGUAUGCACGCAAUUAUUGUCUUUGAACGAUUCGUUUCAGCGAAAAAAUUCUUGCGGGUAAUAAAGAAUCGACUGCAUAUCCAGACCGAAUAGAAUUAACAGUUAUCAGCGUAUUUUAAUUGUGAGAGAAAAAAAACUGAUUACUCUCUCACAGUCUUUUCAACCGAAUCACGUUAUUCAGGAUAUGUAUACGUAUUUCAGGAAUAUGUUUAUAUUAAAAUCCAAUUUGGCAGUACAGAAAAAAUUUCUAUACGUCUGUAUUUUUGACGAACGAAUUCUCAUUUACGGGGAAUGAUCCGUAAGUAGCACUUUUAGUAUGCGAGAUAAAGAUAUUGAAUUAAAAACUUGCAAAAUUUAAUGUCAAUGACAUGGCGCAAUAGCUUUUAAUUCUAUUUUUGCGAGCAGUGCACCAGCUGUUUUAUAUGUUCUUCAUAUGCUACGCAGCAGGAAAAACAAUUAUAAAGAAAUAAAAUGGUCAGUUUAGCAUGGUAAAAUAUUGAAAAUGGAAAAAAAAAAAAAAAUCAACAUGUUAAAUUUUCUUCAUACCAAUUUGAUGGAAUCGUUAGCGUUUCAUUAUUUUUGGUAUGAGCGGUAAUAAGACUCAAGUCUCGUUCUUGGUUUAUGUACAAAAUAAAACAAUGACGAAUGUAAAACUGAUUUUAUCUUUGGGUGUGUUAUUAUUAUUAAUGAUUGUUGUAAUUGUUACGUCUAUCUUAUGUUAUUGUUAAAACACGAUUAAUAACCAGAAUUAGAAGAAAAACGUCAUUAAAAUGUGACGGGGAAAUUCUCGAACUAUACAAUGUAUCACGUGUAUGUCAUUAGCAUGCACGAAAUUUUUCGCAUUGGUGUUGUACGAUUUUUUUUCCCUUGUACGUAUGAUAUAUAAAAUCAAAGAGGCACAUCCUUCAGCAUCUUUGUUUUCUACAUAAACUAAGGGUCAUUCACUAUAUUAUGAUUGAUUAGAGGCUGAUUUUAGGGUAUAACAUUUUUAAUUUUUAGGGUGUUUUAAUUGCUGCAAAAGGAUCCGAAUGAAAUUUAUUUGACAACAGCGAUCAGAUCUGUUUUUUGUUUGUAUAGGGAUAAAGAAAGUAAAAAAUUUUUUGGUCCUUUCAUUCAUGAGGGUUUAUAUUUUCUGUCGAUUUGAAAAUUUUCGACAAAUUUUCGAUGACAACCAAAAACAGGUCUUCAAUACUUAUGAACUAAUGAAUUUUUAAGUAUGAGCUGGUAUAAGAAGUUUUCUCGCAUGUCAAAACAAUCUUAAAAUAGCGUUGUGUCAAAAAUUUACACUUGACACUAAAUAUGAAUAAAAAUCCCACAGAUGUACAAAUAUUAGAAACGUAAGUAAGUUUACUUAUCGUGAAGGGGAGAAGGGGAAAUGAAUAGAAUUAAAAAAUAGCAAUAAUGAUAGUAAUUGUAUAAUAAAUCAUUUUAAAUUACACACACGUACAAUUGAAUGUCCGUUAAUGAAAAUUGGUAUGUGAUUUCAAAUUUAAAAGAAUCAAGCAAAAUUAUCUGAUGAACUAUUUAAACGACAAAUAUAUUUGAAAUUUAAUGUACAGCUGUUGGAAGAUAAUCAAUUUCCACGUUGCUUUCAUUUUGUUAUUUAAGUAUUAUUAUAUUAUUUCGGCUUUUCUCUUGGUUUCGUUUUGUUUUCAACCGCCGAAUAUAAAUCUUUAAUAUGUCUAGCUACUAUGUAACCGAAUUUAUAAGAUCGACAUAACGAUUGGAAAUAUACAUAUAAUAAAAAAUUGUUCACGUAUGUAUAAUAGAUUCGUUUGCUAAAUUUAACUCGCAUACAAACUGCACCCAAUAUUGUAAAUUUGGAAUGAAUUUUUUUUAUCUUAUUUCAAAACCAGUAUCGAAAAUUAAUUGUGAACCAUAAAAAUUAAUAUUUAGUUGUAUAAUGUAAACGACAAACACUGCCUUCCAUUAACGCCAAUUUUGAAAUAGGUCAACGCUCUUGUGAGCGUAGAAAUUUAUAGCGAGCAUGAAUUAGUUUUAUUUUAUAAUUAUCAUUAGUUGAUUGACUAUCUAUUAUUACUUAAUGAAUAAAAAACAAAUCAAUUGUGACAUAGACUGCCGUAAAAAGACCGAUCAGCCAGGGUAUCCCAGGGACUACCCUUAGAAAAUUCAUUUUCAAAAUUGCCAAUCAUCUCAUCUUGUUUUGCGUUAUUUAUUUUGUUUCAAAUCGCUUCUCAAUAAAGAGCACAAUAACCAACAAUUUCAAAAAUAAUAUUCCAUUCAUUUCUAAGAACAUUCUAUUGGGAUAUGGUUCGUAUCUUCACCGAGAGUAUAAUCCGUUGAAUGAUGUAUUAAUUGACAAGUAGAAUUAGAAUUCAUUUUUUUUCCUAUUAAAAAUAAAAUGAUCGCAUGUAUAUAUACCUAAGCCACAAGCUGUGAGCUCAUUUUAUAUUUACAGAUGAUUCAGUUUAUUGUAUACACAUGAAAUAACGCUUUGAAUUUAUUAUUUUUGUCAAACCUUUUUUUUUCGCAUAUCAUUCUUUAUUCCGAUUAUUAUCAAUGCCGAGAGCAACAGAUUACAAUGAUCGUAAUAAAGUAAUAGAGAGAAUUCAUUUCAAUUUUUGAGAAAAAGCAAACUCUUCUCUUAACAAAAGAUCCGCUAAGAACUACAAAUUCUUUGAUUAUUCUUCGUCAUUGAAACAAAUUGAUUGAGUAGACCUCUAUUUAUUACACAUGCAAAUUUCAUUAGCGAAUUAAUGACAGCCUGAUAGAAUAACUUUACACAUUGCUUGUGGAGAAAAUUUAUCACCUUCUUGUUUCUGUUUUUGUCAUGAAUUAUUUUUUGUCUCUAAAACAGGAGUAUUAGCACCUGUGUAAAAAUAUCAUUUGCCCUCGAUAUUUCAUCUAAGUCGCAAAAAAAAAAAGAACACCACAUAUUUCUAAAUCGAUGAAAAGAAA